GAGAAGAGUCAAGAGAGGGGGAGAGUCGGGAGGAGAGUCAAGUGAAGAGGGUCAAGAGAGAAGAGUCAAGAGAGGAGGAGAGUUGGGAGGAGAGUCAAGCGAAGAGGGUCAAGAGAGGAAGGUCAAGAGAGGGGGAGAGUCAGGAGGAGAGUCAAGCGAAGAGUGUCAAGAGAGGAAGGUCAAGAGAGGAGGAGAGUCGAGAGGAGAGUCAAGCGAAGAGGGUCAAGAGAGGAAGGUCAAGAGAAGAGUCAAGAGUGGAGAGUCAAGAGAAGAGGAGAGUCAGGAGGAGAGUCAAGAGAAGAGGAGAGUCAGGAGUAGUCAAGAGUGGAGAGUCAAGAGUGGAGAUUCAGGAGAAGAGGAGAGUCAGGAGUAGAGUCAAGAGUGGAGUCAAGGGGAGAGUCAGGAAGAGAG